AUGCCUCUGUAUAGCAUCACGAUAUGCCCAUUGAAGCUCACUGCGUACUUCUGCCGCCAGGGCUCCGUGUAUGUGGUGGUGAUCUCGCGCAAAGGGCUUGAGGUCGCGACGAACCCGUCGAUCUGCAGCAGCCACAACGAGGUCAUCUUUUCCGACGUCGACGGCCUCAGCAGCGCGAGGGUGUUUGAGCUGUCAUUCAACUCACCAAAGGAUCGGCGAAUCCUGAGCUUUGGCAUUUACGACGUAACCAACCGCAAGAACUCCGCCAAGCUCACGGGAUUCGAAAUCCCGCUGGCGGGCAUGUGCAGCGUGCUGGCUGGUGAAUCCAUGUGUGAGAAGAAGGGCAUCUCCUUCCGCGUUUCCGGACAGUCGGGACGCCUCGACGUCAUCUUUCGCAUGCACCCCGUUGGCACACCAGUCCCGCAGUUGCGUGUGGUGCAGGCAAACGAGCCCACACCCGGAAUGGCGGCCGAUGUGCUGGGUGCCGCUUCCCAUCGCAGUGCGGGGGUGGCCUCACUCGGGUCCGGUGGUGGCGGCGACGCCGGCACUGGAUUGACCAGGUCCACCCGACUGCCGGAGCACGCGCUGCAGGCCCUUAUACGUGAGGGAAUCAUCCCAAGCGACGUGGACGCGGUGGAGAUGGACCUUGACCUGGCGAAUGAGAUCGCCGUGCGCACCACUGUCCUCUUCCCCAGCCGCACCGACCUCGAAGACCAGAUCCGCACGCUAACGCGAGAAAUCCAGAAGCUAGAGUACGAUGCGCAGUACGCCGCGAAGGACAAGGUCGUCGCCGGCUCUGCCGCGUCCGCCGCGCUACGGAACGAGAUUAACUACUGGAAGGAGAAGGUGAAGGAGAUCGACGACAAGUCCGCGCACGAUGCUGGCAUCGCGCAAAAGACCGAAGAGCUGCAGCCGAAGCCGGCCAUCUCGCAGGAAUACAUUGCUGAAAUUGAGGCGCAGCUGGCGACGAAGCAAAUCGAGAUGUGCAGCCUCGAAGCGCAGCAGAGUCACCGCGACGUCACAGAGGACGCGAUGAGACUCUUGGACCAGAUCGAUCACUUGCAGACGAUACUGGUGGAGCUGAAGAGUGAGGGGGCCACGCCAACAACGCUGAAGAGGAAGGAUUGUGACAUUGCCGAGAACGGCGACCGCUGGGACAAGCUGGCCGCCAAGCUGUACGAUGCCGAGAGCAUGACAGAGCAGCUCAAGCAGACGGUGAUGGCGCUGAACCGCGUGCAGUACGAGCCCUACCUUGCUGGCGUGGAGGCUGGGUUCAUGCACACUGUGCCAAAGGAGUUGGAGUUUGUGGUGAAAAACCCGCGCACGCCAGGCAACCUGCCGCCCCAGAUCAGCAACCCCACGGCAUUGGCGGCGGCUCCACCGACUGGCCAACCCGCUGGAAGCGACGCGACGGGAGACAUACUGGACGACUUGUUUGGUGCACCUCCGAUGCAGGCACAGCCGGCUGCCGCGCCGGAAAAAACGGCCGCUUUUCCUUCCCCGUCCCUCUCAUGCACAGCAUACGAGCCUCCCAAGGCGGCGCAAGUCACGCCUGUUUGGGCGCCAUCAGCUGACGGUUCAGCGCCCAGCUCGUCCCCUGCUCCACAGCCAUCGCAGUUGAUGCCUACUGCGCCCGGUGCCCCAGAAGCCUCGCAGCCGAAACCAGCGGCAGCGGGCCCCGCGGAAGCCCAUCCUGCGCCAAACUUACUGACAGUGAGCGCACCGUCAGCACCGCCCUCGCCAGCUGCUCAGCUCGACUCCACGGCUGCGGAGCGACCGGUGGAGGCGGCCGAGCCAAAUGUGUUGCCUGUGCACGGCUCGCCCAGCCAGGACUUCGCCGCCGCCACCCCGGUGCCGAAUGCGUCCCCCAUGGGCGCAGAGAUGACCGUGCCCGAGACCCGUGUGACUCACCGAGGCGCUGGCAUGGCAAGUGCAACUCCAUCUCCGGCGGCGGCGCCAGCGAGUGUUGUACCGCCUUCACGGGAAGUGCCAGUGCAAGCACCACGGUCGAACUCCGUAGCUGCCACUCAGAGCAGCCAUGAAAUGCCAGCGGCGCAGCUUCUGCAACCGCAGCCGCAAAGCGCACCCCCAACUCAGCAGCAGCAGCCCCCGCUGGCAAGCUACGGCACCGCGAUUCCCGGGACGGCUUCCUACCAGGUGCAAGAUGCCGGACAGCGGCCAGGCUACCCAUCCCAGUCGCAACCACAGUUGCAGCAGCAGGCGUACAAUCAUCAGCAGCAGGCGUAUGGUCAGCAGCCGCAGCAGGCGUACGGUCAGCAGCAACAGCAGCCGCAGCAGCAACAGGGGCCACCAGUGCCGCCCUUCGAACGCCGUCCACCGUCGCUGGAGGAGAUCCCGUACACUGGUUUCUACGGCAUUCCCCUUAUGGCCCGUGGCUGCCCUAUCGACAUCUAUCUUGACGGCAAGAGCCCAACGCGUGGCACGGAGCUAACCUUCAUCAACAACGCUGACUAUCAAAUCAUGAUCGGCGGUGUCGAGCUGAAGCAGGAGGAUAUCUUCUCCCCUGACCCGAAUAGCGCCAAGACGAUUCCGACACAACGGUGGCCGCAGCACAUCUGGGUACCGGGUGGCGGCAGCCGGCAGAGUUGCACCAUCGCCCUUCACCCGUCCUUCCCCCGUGGGUCGUCUAUCAUGGCGCUCGUCAUUGUGUACGUCUUUAACGAAGGACACUACACGCCGUUCACAGCGCGCUUCACCAUCUAG